ACAUAAGACUUUAUCCUACAACCCCAGCCGCGUCCAUUCAACCAAAUCCAUCCGGAGGAGGCCGAGUGAGCUGCAAAGUUUUGGAGAGAUAAAAGCCUGCCGUGUUAGAAGAAAGAAUCAGCUAAAGGUUCAACAAUUAACUACAAAUACUCAUGGGAGGCACGUUAAUGUAACUCAUGGCAGUAAUGAGGAAGUACAGAACAAUAAUAACAAUGAAACAAUAGAAAAAUUAAUGGAGGAAAAUAGGCAAUUAAAUGACGAAAUGCAACCAAUGCCCCGUCAACGACAUUCUGAUGAUAAUAAUGAAGAUCUCCAACGACUACAACGACAACAAGAACAACAAUUACAAGAGCAACGACUAAAACAGCGAUUAGAAGAACUACAAAGGCAACAUAAACUAAGACAAGUCAAGGAAUUAGAAGAACAUCGGCGACGACAACGAUUAGUAGAACAACUUCGGCAGCAACUACAACACGCCGAAGAUAAAGAAGAUCAGCGCAUAAUUGACCCAGUUCACAUUGGAGGACAAAUAUACGUUUCUAGCCUUUCACAUACCGAAGCAUUUAGACAGUAUAAACCAUCAAAAUUUAUAACGGUAAUGUCACAUGCAAUUUGGGGGUAUCGAAAUUUGGCUCUUCGAGCGGUUAAAAUUACUAAAAGAAACCAAAAUAAAUUGCCAUUAACACCUGAAAAGAGAGUGGUCCUGGAACACCAAUAUCAUAAAUUUCUAAAAAAAAAAAAGAAAUUUAUCUAACGAGAUGGUCAUCAUGGAACGAAAUAACAUUAAUACGUAUUUAAGACGUUCUAUUACAAGUGCAGAAAAGAAAGCAAUGGGAUCAGGAUAAUGCAUGUAAUAUGGAGAUUUAAGUUGAAACAAAUACAGAUACUGAAAUACUCGAUUUACUAAUUUGCUCAUAAAUAAUAAGUAGAUCCUUACCGAUUUCCAGCUACAAAAUACAAAAAAAUAACAGUUAUUCACAAAUAUUUUUUUUUUUUCCAACUGGAUCAAGUCUUCAACUGAUUAAAGAUAAAAGCUGCACUACACUGUGAAAAUUUUCCAACAAAUUUUACUAUGGGUGCAUUGUAAUACCGGACCAUAAGAAAACUGGUACAAAAUUUACAAGUGUCCCAUAGCAAAAUGUAUGCGCAUAGGCCCCAAUCGUGUCGUCUGUGCAUACGUUUACUCUGGGACACUUGUAAAUUCUGUACUAGUUUUCUUAUGGUCCGGUGUUACAAUGCAGCCAUAGUAAAAUUUAAUAAGAAUUUUUCACAGUGUAUUAGAAAUUGCUUAAAAUUCGUAAAAUACAUCAGGAAAUGAAGUAAAAGAAAAUAUAAUGUUUAUAAUGUCUCAUUUUCUAAAACAUAUUAUACUUGCUGAAAACUUUCAAGAUGUUACAUUAAAAAAUUAAGAACCAUA